UAUAUAUAUAUAUCUGUAUACAUAUAGAUAUAAACAAAUUAUUGCAAAAAAAAAAAAAAAUGGACAUUUGUAGCUUAUUGAAUUCAACAACGACGACUAAGAAGAGUACGACAGCAACCAAGGCUAAACGUUACACAUGCAAUUGGGAAGAAUGUACAAAAGGCUUCACAAGACGAUCUGAUCUUGCACGACACAAGCGUAUUCAUACAGGUGAAAGACCUUACCACUGUGAAUGGGAAGGAUGUGAAAAACAAUUUAUUCAACGAUCUGCUCUUACAGUUCAUUUAAGAACGCAUACAGGUGAAAGACCUCAUGUGUGUGAACAUUGUCAAAAGUCCUUUGGGGAUUCCUCUUCUUUAGCAAGACAUCGUAGAACUCAUACAGGGAAUCGUCCCUAUUAUUGUCAUCAAUGUCAAAAAUCCUUUACAAGAAAGACAACGCUUUCAAGGCACCAAGGACAUAUGCAUCCUAAGUCUUCUAUUCAAUCCACUAGCAAUCGUGAUCCUUUAACACCACCUCCUAUAGAACAACAUCUACCAUUAUUGUCAUUCAAAGAUAGUAGUACAGAUCAUUUUAUUCCCUCUUCUCUUUUCCCUUCAAAUCAUUUACCGCCUCCGUUUCCUACUUUACAUUAUUAUUCACCUCGUUUCCCCCUUCUUUAGAUGCUGCUAUAUCUAUCUUUGUUCACUCUUAUAUAUACCCCUCUUCUCUUCUCCACUAUCUCCCUUCUUUGUGACUUUCUCCCCUUCCCCUCCCCCUUUUUUUUGAUGAAGGGUUGUAAAUAAUAACAGAAAGUUCCUUCUUUAUCUAAUAAUUACUAAUUACAAAUAAUUAAUUAAGACUAUAUAAAAGGAAAUUUUAAAA